AUGACAGCCAAAAGUAAUAACAGCAACGGGGAAAAUGUGAAGAAGGAAGCUAGGGUGAAUUUCAAUAUAGGAUCUCAAACACAAGCUGAUCACAUUGAGGUCAACAUUCAUGAUCCGAACAAAACGCACAAAAGGAAGAAACAUGGUUAUCAUUUUCUGCCGAAACCGUUCGAGCGGUCAAAUGGAAGUUUGUUUAACCCCAGAUUCGACAGUGAGAUUCUCGAAAACUUUCUCAUCGAAUGCUACUUUCCUCAAGCCAUGAGGUUGUUCCGCUGUAUUGUUUACUAUGUGGCUAUUGCAUCUGCAUGCUGGGCAUUGUUUUUUGGACUCAUUCAGAUUAAUUACCCAACAGACCAUUGGAGGUAUUUUGUCGGCGGUUCUGUUAUAUUGUUUAUUAUAAUGAACGGAUUACUUUUGUUCACUUACACUUCAAUGUUUAAACAGUACUCGAAGAUUGUUAGCUUUCUUUUAGCGUUGAUUUUAGUGAUUGUCGUUCAGUUGCCUUUCGUGUUUCAUAAUCCGGACAUUUCUCCUGUGGGAACAUUUUGUGGUGUAGUGGAGAUUUUAAUUUUAUUAUACUCAUUUCUUCCUCUGAAUUUGUACUUCUCUGUUGGACUGGGUGCCUUCCUGUCUGUGUCUUCUGAAGUGUUUACGGCCCUGAGGUUUCCUCAGAUGUGCGAAGUUGAUUAUAUCGUUUGCAAGCUUCUUUUGCACCUGAUAAUUCAUCUAAUUGGGAUAUUUAUCUACAUCAUGUCGAACACACGCGUGAGAAGCAACUUUUCCAAGAUUGGGCAGUCAGUGUUGGCCCAGGAGGACCUGAUGGUUGAGAAGGAGAUCAAGGAGAAGAUGAUCCACUCCCUGAUGCCUCCGGUUGUUGCCAACUCUGUGAUGGCAACGCAUCCUUCCAAAGACGACGGCGAUGAUGACGAUGAUGAUGAUCCUGAGAAGAAAAAACGCCGGAAAUCUAGACACGUCAAAGGAGAGAUGAUCUUCAGAAAGUUUCAGAUGGAUGAGAUGAAGAACGUCAGUAUCUUGUAUGCAGACAUUGUGGGAUUCACUAAGAUGAGCUCUAACAAAACUGCUGAACGGUUGGUGGGUCUCCUGAAUGACCUCUUUGGGAGGUUUGACAAGCUGUGUAACGCUUCAGGCUGUGAGAAGAUCAGCACCCUGGGUGAUUGCUACUAUUGUGUUUCUGGAUGUCCCAACCCUUGCCCAGAUCAUGCUAAAUGCUGUGUGGAGAUGGGUCUCAGUAUGCUCAUUGCCAUCCAAGCUUUUGACGAGGAUCAUAAUGAAGAG